AUGCCUAUAUUGAACAAGUAUGCGAUGAAAUGCAAGCAAGCUUUAGGAGCUCGUGACGAGUUCAAAAAAUUCUUUUCAAAAUGGUUGCUCAAAAGCUCAACGUCAGUCCGCGAGGAGGCGACGAUAUCGGAAUACAAUACGACUACAUCGAAAGAUAUGGUUUUUUCGCAAACGAGUCACAAAACUCGCAGUUUGUUGAAAGUAAUAGAGAUAGAUCGGUUAAAGUCCGGAAAGAACCAGGUGAACCGUCCUUACGGAGUUGUGACCGACCUAAGAGCUCAGACAACAUUUUCUCCAACAACGCCAGCGGAAACACUAACGCCAACGACAAGCUAUUCAGAGGAAUUUCUGAAACCGGAACCCGUACACCAAAGUACUAUGCAGGAAUUGGAUGCAGAGUUCUUCCAAGAUUUGAUUCAAUGGUGCGAAGCACCCACCGAGCAAGUAGUAGUACAGUCCAUUGAUCCAACCAGAAUAACAGACACGAGGGCACACAACACCGACACACAGCACACACCAUUCUCACCGCAAGGUUGGGAUGCAUUCGACGCUAACUCUCCCAUAGCUCAAGCGAGCUCAUACAAUCCUACACCACCUAGUUAUCCCGUCUCACCGAACGCGAUGGCGACAUUUAAUACAGAUUUCUUCGGUCCGACCGUCAUCGACGAGGACCAAAUACCGUUCCAAGAACAAUUUUUAGACAUAGAUAAGUUACCGGUGGUGAUAGGUGAAUUAGCGUCAGAAACUACCGCCGACGCGAACCCGUGGCAGACGACCACGGAUCCGAUCUGGCAUAACACAUACGAUUACAUAAAACCACAUUCAACUCUACACAACACAAUGCCCUUCAUCGAUCAAGAGGACUCACUGGACAUGAAACUGAUGUCCGUAAUACCGAGGGAGGUGGAGAGGAACGACGUCGUAAUAUCGGAGUACAUUUUAAACGAGGUUCAGGACUCCAUGGCAGCGGAGCCGCGCGCGCCCCCGCUGUCCGUCGACGUGGCGGCGCGCGUAAACGCAUGGCCCGGUGACGUCAUCAGCACACCAGAAGUCCUAACCUACGUCGAGCAACUGGAAAAGCAGAAAUAUCUACCGGCGUGCUCGACACCGACUUCACCAUCGCAAUACUCCACGUCACCAGCGCCCAGCGGCCCGAAAGUAGAAAACCCGUCGCCGGCGGAAUACGAGCCCAUAACACCAAAGAGCGAGCCUCUAUUGGACUCUGAGGAAGAGAGCAAGUCCAACACGAGCAAGAGGCGGCGACACGAGAGCGAAGACUCCGACGAUUCGUACACGCCUUAUACUGAGCAGACGACGCGAAAGUAUAAGAGAAGGAAGCCCAGCAUACCCAUUAAGGAUAUGAUCCGCGCGCUGGAAGGGUCACAACAGCUGACGAAGGCGCGACGCGGGCGCCCCCCCAAGCGGAGGGAGAGCACCAUCUCCAACGUGAGCGAAAACUCGUCGUCGGUCUCCACGCAUGAAAUGAAAUACAGGGAAUUGCGAGACAAGAAUAAUGAGGCCUCGAAACGGUCAAGGAUGAACAGGAAGCUCAAGGAGCUUCAAAUGGAACAACUGGCGGUAGAACUGGAAGAACGAAAUAAGAAGCUCAGGGUGAGAGCCGAUCUGCUGGAAGACAUGACGAAAAAGCUAAGAGAAGCGUUCAUGGCGGCGGUCGCGAAGAGCAAAGUCGGAUAA